CACCAUUUUUACGAGCCCAUUAUGUCUAAGUCCGAGCUUCAAGAAGAGAAGAAGAGCCGCAAGAGGCAGGCGGAAGAGACCGCAGAGGCGCCAGUAAAGUCCAAGAAAUCCAAGAAAUCCAAGGACGUCGAAGCCGCCGAUGCGCCCGUAGAAGAGGUGAAAAAAGAGAAGAAGGAUAAGAAGGAUAAGAAGUCAAAAGACUCGAAAAAGUCCAAGAAGUCCAAGGACGUCGCAGAGGAUGUUACAGAGGGGGCUGCUGUGGAAGCUGCGCCUGCUGAGGAGAAAUCUGAGAAGAAGUCCAAAAAGUCGAAGAAGUCGAAGAAGCCCGAGGACAGCGCCGAACCUACUAAAGUCGAUGGAGAUGUCGCUAUGACCGAUGCGACCGCCGCGGUCGACGACUCAGCCUCGAAAGACGAAAAGAAAAAGUCUAAGAAGGAUAAAAAAGACAAAAAGGAGAAAAAGUCUAAAAAGUCCAAGACUGAGGCUGAGAGCGUGCCCAUAGAGGAGGCUGCUACAACGAAUGGCGCAACUGAGGACGUCGCUAUGGAGGACGGCGCCGAUGCAGAAGUGAAGAGCGAGAAGAAGUCCAAGAAGGAAAAGAAGGAUAAAUCUGACAAGAAAGAAAAGAAGGAGAAGAAAGAGAAGAAAGAGAAGAAGUCUAAGAAGGCAGCGGAACCUGAUGCCAAUGGCAGUGCUACAGCGACAGAAGAGCCUGCUGCUGAGACCAAUGGCAAUGCCGCGACAGAGGAGGCUGACGCCGGUGCUGAGGACGAGACUGAAGAGGCAGCGGGCAAGAAGGGCCGCUUCAUUGUCUUCGUCGGCAACCUUCCCUACACAGCUACCAAGGAGCAGAUCGAGGAGCACUUCGCCAAAAUCAAGCCAACCGAGAUCCGUCUGCGCACAUACAAGGGCACAAACAAAUUCAUGGGCACCUGCUUCGUCGAGUUCGACCGUUUCGACCGCAUGGAGACAGCUCUGAAGAAGUACCACCACUCCGUCUUCCCUGACGGCAAGAAGAAGGAAGGCCGUAAGAUCAACGUCGAGUUGAGUGCUGGCGGCGGCGGUAACAGCGAAGCAAGACGCGAGAAGAUUACAGCCAAGAACAACAAGCUGCACGACGAGCGUGCAAACGACCGCGAGAAGCGCGCUGAGCUCGAGAUGAAGCAGGCCGACCGCGCAGCUAAGAAGGGCAAGAAGGACGCGAAUGGCGAGGAGGAGGCUGCUGCUGAGCCUGACAACGGCGGUAUCCAUCCCGCUCGUCUUGCCAUGAUGGCUGGGAACGACCGCCCAUCGCGUCCGUCGUACCCUACGCACAGGCAGCGAUACUAGAUCUUUUUAUGAGAAGGAUUGAGGACUCGAAUACGCGAACCCCCAUCUCGCUAUAACUGCUUGGGUUGAGCACACGACGAGCUCUGCAUUGCAUGCCUAUCUGGAUAGAACGGAGCGUUUCCUUGUUGUUUGUUAGGACUUAUGGCCUUAGAAUACCAUAGCAUAGUACUAGACCUCAG